CUCCGGGAGGACCAAAAAUUAUUCGCGUGAGUAGAAUUUGGUCGUGUAAAUUAACUUUUGAAUGCAUAUACGCAAUGACCAUCACCUACCAAAAGAUUGCCAUCAAUGAUCAAAAGGGUCAAUUCCUAACCCUGGCAACAGUCUAUCGAUGUCACGUUUUCAUCGUGAUCGAGAUAUUGAUGCAUUUGAUGCAACAAAGGAUAUCACAGCUGCUAAAUUUCAAAAAUCGCCAAAUAAAAAACAAUCGGAACAAACUGUUGCCAAAAAUGACGCACAAGAUGAAGAAGCAUUGGCAAGUCUCAGACGUCGAAUGGCUGGACCUUCAAGUGCCAAAGCAGGCUUAGCAACAGAUCAAGAUGAAAUCAAUAGAAAGAUUUAUGAAGCUUCAAAAGGUUCUAAAUAUUUCGAAAACGAAAAGAGAAGUGAUGAAAGAACUACAAGACAAGUAAAUGAUCUUUUGGCAAAAAGAGAUGCGAUCAUGAAGAAUUACCCUGAAGGUGGAGACGCAUGGAUAGCAGCAGAGAAGCGAGUUGAUGAACAAAUAAUGGAAUUAGAGACUCAGCGUGAUCUAUCCCGUAUCAUCUUACAUGCAGAUAUGGAUAUGUUCUAUGCAGCCGUAGAACUGAAACGUGAUCCUUCUUUGAAAGGCAAAGCAUUCGGAGUUGGAUCAGGUGUGUUGGUCACAGCAUCGUACGAAGCUCGUCAGUUUGGAUGUCGAUCGGGCAUGGCAACUCAUGUGGCUCAGGCAUUAUGUCCUCACUUGAUCGUGGUCAAGAACAACAUGAGCUCCUACGUUGAGGCGUCGCAAGUAGUGAUGGCAAUCUUUGAGACUUACGAUCCGCAUUACGCCCAAAUGAGCUUGGACGAAGCAUAUUUGGAUAUCACUCCCUACUGUGAAAUGAACGAUACCACCGCUGAUGCUGUUGUGACGGAGCUAAGGGAGCGUGUUCAAAAGGAAACAGGAUUGACUGUCUCUGUCGGUAUUGCACCAAACAAGAUGUUAGCAAAGAUUAGCUCUGACAGAAAUAAGCCAAAUGGACAAUUCCGUGUUGAACCUUCGCACAACUUUAUCGUGGAUCUCAUGCACGAUUUGCCUUGCCGAAAAAUACCAGGAAUUGGUCGUGUGACAGAACGUAUAUUGGCCUCUCUUGGUGUUCUCACUUGCGGUGAUGUGGCAAAGUCAAGGGUGAUGCUAUCCUUAACUUUGCCCGAUAUAGAAUUUCUGCUGAAAGCCUAUCUUGGCAUUCAUAGCAAUGUCGUCGAACCUUCCAAGAGAGGAGAACGUAAAAGUGUUGGUAGAGAGCAUACUUUUCGUCCAACAAAAGAUGUCGCAGAGCUAAAAGAAUUCUUACGACAAAGUGCUGAACAAGUUGCCAAAGAUCUUGAACGAUUAGAUUAUCGUGGAAAGACGAUCACGCUGACAUGCAAACUUGACACAUUUCAACGUUUUACAAGAGCAAAAACUGUUACCUCUUACCUUUACAAAGCAGAAGAUUUAUUUGCCGUUGUCUCUAAAUUGCUCGAUAUAGAGAUUGAACAAAGAAAUGGACCAGUUUCGAUGCGUUUGAUUGGCGUUCGUAUCACAGGCUUGAAGGAUUUGCGUGAACCAGAAGGCGGAGGUAUCAAGAGGCUUUUCGAGAAGAGUAAGUCUAGUUCAGAGCAUUCAAAUAAGAAACCUCGUCAUGAUGAAGAAGAGGCAAAAGAUGAAGACGUGUUUGAACAAGCGAUGAAGAAAGCUUUGGUAGAAUCAAGUCAAGAGUAUAAAGAGCAAAGUGCAAUAGCAAAUGACACAUUUGAAGAUAAGAAAGAAGAAAAGAAAGAUUUAGUUGAAAUGGAAUGUCCGGUCUGUCAAGAGAUGAUACCAUAUCCAAGGGAUCAAGAAGUCUCAGAAGUCCGUUUGAAUGCUUUCCUCAAUCAGCACAUUGAUAUCUGUCUGAAUAAAUUUGAAGUUGGAGGAAAUAAACCGGAACCCCAAGCUGUACCAUCAAAUCAACCUGCAAAUACAAAGAAAACCAAUAUACCCGUCAAUAAACACAAGAAGGCCAAAAAGACCAACACUUCCACAAUUGACGCAUUUUUUCAUCGCAAUGCUUGAAUGCAAACACUUGUACAUGCUUACCCUGCUCACUGUAUAUUAGAACAUAUAUCAUUGUACCAUAAAUAGCAAUACCACCAUCAAUCUAAAGAUCAC